AUGAAAAUGGAGGAAAAUUUAUUUGGAAAUAAAAUAAAGGAUGAGAAACUAUCUCUCAUAAAGGGUAAAAUUGUGACAAAAAAUAAUAAUUAUAAAAAUGUGAAACUGACAAAUGAUCCCUACAUUAAUGUUGGAAAUAGACUCGUAAAAAUUACAUUUACUAGUCAGAAAAAAAUGCAAAAAGAUUUAGAAAAAAAGAGAAUAGCCCAUAUGAUAAUGAAUAAAAAAAAAAAAAAAAAAAAAGAAUUUGAAAGAAGAAAAAAAAUAAUUAAUAAUCUGAGUGAAAUUUUAGCUAAGGAAAAGGAAAUGGGGAAUUCAUAUUUUUUACCAAAAAAGUUGAAGAGAAAAAAAAAAAAAAAAAUUCAAAAAUAUAUUAUUUUAGAAAAGGAAAUUAAAAAUUGUAUAUAUAACGAAUUAAUGGAAAACCACCAUAUUGAAAAAGAACAAUGUCUGGAUAUAAUUCAAAAUAAAAAUAAAUGGAACAUAAAAUGCUCUACAUAUAUAUUUCAAUAUUUAAAAUAUGAAAAUAUAUAUUACAUAGGAAUUAAGAAAAGGAAAAAAAUAACAAAAUAUUAUCAUAGUAUAAUAUAUAGAUAUAAUCAUAAAGAUUUACAAAAAAAUAAUAUCAUAAAUAAAAGGGGGAAAAAUUUUGAACAAAAUGCGCAACUUUAUAGUAAGCAAUACUUAAAUUGUGUAAGACAAAAAAAGAUGCCAAAAAAUACAACUAAAAAGAUUUAUUAUAAGAAUGGUAACAUCAUAUUAAACACGUUAAAUUUAGAUAAUAUAAAAAACUAUGAUACAACACAUAUUAUACAAAAUAGUUAUGAAAAUCAGGAACAUGUUGUAAAGGAUUCCAUCCCCAAAUCGAAUAUUCCCUUAAAUAACGAAGAAAAUAAUAUUAAAGCGAAAAAUAGAGAGCAUAUUUUUCUGAAAAAUAUAAAUGAUAAUAUUUUAGACAGCUCAAAAGAAAGCGAGAAUACAAACUUCCAAGGGGAAAAUAAUGAUUUGAAUAAAAAAAUAAUAAAAGAAAAUAUAUUAAAAAAUGAAAAAAUUUUAAAAUUUAUUCAAGUUAGUAAAAUAGAAAAAAAUACAUACAUUAAUGAUUAUGUUGACCAUAAAAUAACAGAAGAAUUAAAUAAUAUGGUUAAGGAUUUUUUGAAAAAAAUUUCAAAAUCACAUGAUAAAUUAUUAUUAUUAAAAAAAAAACGAAGAUAUUAUUUAGGAAUGAAAGAAUGCUAUAAACAUAUAUGUAUAAAUGAACCAAAGUUAGUUUUAGUGGCACCAAAUAUUGAACCAACGCUAAAUAACGUAUUUGAUGAUAUGAUAAAUAAAAUUGUUUGCAAAUGUAAAGAAAAAAAUAUUCCCUUAGUUUUCGCUUUAAGUAAAAAUAUAUUAGGUAAAUGUAUAGGAAAAUGUCGGCAAUCAAUUUUAUGUAUAAUUGAUAAUGAUUCUUAUAUAAAAGAAUGCAAUGAUAUAAUUAAUUUGGCAAAUUCUCUUAAAAUAUAUAAAUAA